UCGGGGCUGGCCCCUGUGGACGCCGCAGCGUGUUGGACUCUAGCUGAAGGGCCCGGCGCUGGCGCUCCGGGGAGCGGGAGCCCCCCUGCAGGGUGGGGGCCCCCCUUUGCUUAGUGCGGGGCAUCCCUGGGGCAGCUGGCGGAGAGCCCGGCUCCCGGGGCAGGGGUUGUGCCGUGGAGUCGCGGGGCUGGGGAGCCUUCUGGCAACAGGCGGCGUAAGUCAGGGACGAGCCAGGAAAUCAUGAGGGCCACGCCUUCACCCCAGGACCUUAGGGGGGUCUAACAGCAGCUUGCAGGGGUCAGAAGCCCUCCCAUCACUGAUUGAGCAGGGGCUUUUUGGUGCCUGUCUGUCUUCUUCAGGGCGUCCCAUCCUUGCCCCAGGAGGGGACCUCCCCUGCUCCUGGUUGUUUCAGGGGGAUCAGGGCAGUCGCUGUCACUCCACAAAUGGGAUCGCAACGUCCCUGCCUUUAGGAAUUCUUGUGAUGAAAUAUUGUAGCAGACAGAGUUAAGUGCUCCAAUUAGGGUGAGCAGAUGUCCCGAUUGUAUAGGGACAGUCCCAAUAUUUGAGGCUUUUUCUUAUAUAGGCACCUAUUACUCCCCACUCCCAUCCCGAUUUUUAACACUUGCUCUCUGGUCAUCUUAGCUCCAAUUGGGGGUGGUUUGUGGCUAUAUUUUUAUAUGAUCUACGAGCAAAGGCAGCAUGGCCCUGUAAUAAAGCAGAUGGAUUAUACUGAAAAAUCACUUAGAAAACGAGACAAGCACGCUCUUGCUUCAGCCAGUUGCUUUCUGCCCUAUUGAUUUUGGGCCGCUGUUAUGAAUUCUAGGUCUCUUACCCUCUCCAUAAGCAAACACUGUGUGGAGUAUAUAAAUAGCUCACUUCUCUGCUGUUGGAGGCACUGUGCCACACUUCCUGCUUGUUCUCAGCGCAUGCACAGCAGCUUCCUUACUGCUGCUGGAGUCCCAGCUCAGAAAAAGAGGGACAGAGACGAUGAACCGCUUCUAACUGGAAAGAAGAAAGGAAGAACAAUAGCCGGGGUGCAAAAAAAGAGGGUCUGAUUGACUUCCCAAGGGGCGCUGUGCUCUCAGAGCUUUUUCUGGUGAAGCAGGAAAGCUCCAGCUUCCUGGGUGUCCAAUGCCGAACAAACACCGUAUGCUCAACAGUUAAAUGAGCCUCAGAUCUGUGUGACAGGAAAGUGCAAAUACCGAUGUGAAGGAAUCUUGCUUAUUCUUCAAAAGAGGAGGCAUGCAAAUUGGAAAGGGAGAGGCAGUGUGAGGAAAUUAAGACUCUAACCUCUUUCCCUUGUCCACUGUUUUACUUGAAAAAAUGCCAAAUGUGAUGCCUUUUUGAAACCCUGAUGUGGGAGAAUGUAAGCUGCUUCUGUGGAAUAGCUGCAGAAUUCAGACAGCCUAUGCAGAACCAGGAACCAGCAUGUACCUUCUUCGUACUGGACUUUUAUUGAGAUUUGGCUAUUGGAAGAAGUCCAUCUUUUAACAUAGACUAAUGGUUUAGUUUCUUCUAGGAUUGUCUGAGCUCUGCAUUCCUGAUGUUUCUUCUCUUCAGAUACUGUAAGCUAGCUGCUCACUAUGAUGGAGUCCAGAAACCAGAGGGUUCUGAACCUUGAUGUACCAUCAGUCAUUUAAAUCAUUAGGGCUGACCCCUAAGGAUGCUUCAGGCCAGAGUGAAGUUAAUUGUAACCGGAGAUGACUUUGGCUACUGCCCAAAGAGGAACCAAGGAAUCGUGGAGUGUUUCCUGGCCGGAGCAGUUUCCAAUGUUUCCCUUCUGGUCAAUGGCAGCGCUGCACCAGAUGCAGCACAACUGGCGAGAAGGCAUAACAUUCCAAUAGGUCUGCACGCCAACCUGUCCGAGGGCUCUCCUGUCAGCAAGGCACUCAAGAAGAACUCCUCCCUGCUCAACAAAGACGGAUUCUUCCACGGAAAGAUGGGAUUCAGGACAGUUCUAGCAAAAGGUCUCCUGAAAAUGUCAGAGGUGAAACAGGAGCUAACGGCACAAGUUGACCUCUUUCGUGAAUUGACAGGUCAUGUCCCUCAUCACAUGGACGGACACCAGCAUGUUCAUGUUCUCCCAGAGGUUAGACGUGUGUUUGCCCAGGUGUUAGAAGAGUAUGGGAUCAAGUAUACACGUGUGCCAAUAGAACCAGGCCUUCACAGCUGUGCAUGGAUAGAGCCACCUCUAAUGGACUUUUAUCUGGGAGUGGAAAAAGAUUCCCUUGACACAGUAGAUGUGUUUACAAGACAUGGAAUAAGGUGGGCUGACAUUUAUAUCGGUUUGAGCACCAUGGGCAAAAGCAUGUCUGUCAGCAACAUUCAGAGCGCCAUUGAUACUGCCGUGGCGGCUUCUGCCGCCAAGGAAAACUCUCUGAUGACUCAAUUUUCACCUCAACAUCAGCAAAGCAGAACAGUCACAAUUGAACUGAUGGUACAUCCAGGGUACCCCACUAUUCCACCUGUUGGCGGCUGUGGAGAAGGACCGGAUGAUUUUUCACAGUCAUGGGAACGCUUGCAUGAACUCCAAACAUUAAUGAAUCCAGAGUUGCAAAGCUAUUACAAAACAAGGAACAUUCAACUUUGUGCAUUUAAAGAUCUUUAAGCAAGAGAAGCUAAAUAUAGCUUGUGGCGGGGGGGGUGGGGGAUCUGUCGCUGAUCGUAUACCUCUCGUUAACGCAGAAGGGAACUGUGAAUGGACUGGCAGCAGCCUAUAUUUACACUAAUUUGAAAUACCUGGACUCUCCAAAGCACCUAGCAGCAAUAUCCCAGCCUGUAUCUCUCUCAUUGUCAUCAGAGUUGUAAAACACCCCAGCUGAUUGGAAAGCGAUGGAUUUCCUGUGUGUAACAUAUUCACGCUCCACCCCAAAAUUUAACUUGAAAGCCAAGGCCCAACUGACAGACUAACAAUUAAUCAGUUCCUGCAGAUGCUGCAAUAGCAGAUCCACACAUGGCUGACAAUCACACAUCAACUUUUGGAAGAUUUUGUGUGUAUGAGGUGGCAGCGAUUAGUUGCAAAAAGAUACAUAGCCCAGACUCAGCUGGCCCGGGGAGGCUGAUUUUUUGUCAGCCUAGUAGCUUUGAGCAUUCCCCUUUUUAAAGUAGUUAAAUAGUCAGAAAUUACUGUAUUUUUCUUUCAUUUUUUUACUGUUGCAGCUUUACUCAUGCCUACAGAAAAGGAAUGGUCACUGCAGGCCUUUUUUUUUUUUUU